AGUAACAAUCCUCUCUCUCUCUAACUUGCAAACAGAACAGUGUCAUAUGUUUUUAUAUUCUGAUAGCUUCUUCUAAUUUAAGCAUCUCCCACUCUCUCCUUUCUAUAUUCUCUUUCAAGCCUUUCUUUUUCUCUGAAUAUCUUAACCCCAUGGCUUUAGCUACGAAAAAAACGUCGGUUUUUCUUCUUCUUGUAAUAAUAUCAAUGUUCUGCGUAACCCCAUCGGAUUCAGCUACUGAUUCCUUCGUUUUCGGUGGGUGCUCGCAGCUAAAAUACACGUCAGGAUCACCCUAUGAGUUUAAUGUCAACUCGAUACUUAAUUCCCUAGUCAACGCAGCCGUGUUUACCUCUUACAACAACUUCACCAUGCCAGCAGGCUCCACCUCUCAGGACACCGUCUACGGUCUCUUCCAGUGCCGUGGUGACCUCAACAACGUUGACUGUGGCCGCUGUGUUGCUAAAGCGGUGAGUCAACUUGGCACUCUUUGCCUUGACUCAACGGGUGGCGCCUUGCAACUCGAAGGAUGUUUCGUUAAAUAUGAUAAUACAACUUUUUUGGGCGUGGAGGACAAGACUGCGGUGGUGAAAAAAUGUGGGCCGUUGACUUCGUCUUACUCGGACGCAUUGACUCGCCGGGAUGCGGUGUUGGGUUACUUGGGAGCGAGUGAUGGAACCUACAAGCCGUUUCGGGUUGGCGGGUCAGGGGAAUUACAAGGUGUGGCACAGUGUGUCGGGGAUUUGAGUCCGAGUGAGUGCCAAGAUUGCUUAUCAGAGGCAAUCGGACGGCUCAAAACCGAGUGUGGGCCGGCCAAGUGGGGUGACAUGUACUUGGCCAAGUGCUACGCUCGGUACUCGGAAGGCGGAGACCACUCGCACGGCCGAAAGGAUACUGAUAACGAUGAUGAUGAUGAUAUUGAGAAGACACUAGCAAUUGUAAUUGGACUCAUUGCUGGAGUUGCUUUGCUCAUACUCUUUGUAUCAUUCUUAUCAAAAGUGUGUGAGAACGGCAAAGGUGGUAAAUAAACAAACAGUUUCUGGAUCUCACGAAAACCUUUGCAUCUUUUUUCUUUUUUCUUUUUAUGUUUCUUUCAUACUCUUUCGAAAGAUCUCAAAGGGGUUGAUGGAAACAGAUGUUAAUGGAAACAGGUACCUUGAAACAAGUGAAAAUAAAGUUGCAGUAAGAUGAAAAGCCUAAAGACUCCAAUACAGCAUGCCCACACACCCCAUUUAAGCUUUUCAACCAUGGCUAGCUUGUUUCUGAGUGUAUAAUUAGUGAAUAAUUUUAUGAAAAGUGCUCUUUAUAGGGCUACGAUUAGUGCAUUUGUUGGGUGUUAUUAGCGCUUUUGUUGAUUUUCCAGUAUAUAUGGUUGGUAAAAGCUUGAAUUCAUCUAUACUUUUGAUUAAAAUUACUUAUAUAUACUUGGUUAAUUUCUGUCAAUUCAACGUUCAAUUUGCUUUCAUAUUUGCAAGAUUACUUGUUUCCAAUUUCAA